UCAAAUUGAGGCGCACAGUCGUUACUCGGUUUCUGCGCGCCGACGAAAUACGAGUUUUGGUGGUUCUGGCGGGGGGCUCCCUGUCGCUGCCGCUCGAGCUCCGGGUGGGAAGUGACGGGGAACGCCGCGCUACGCACGUCGAUCCUUCGGGCCGUUCCAGCGCUCGGGGCGGGGAGGUGGACACCCGAAACGCCCUUUUUCUUUUCUUUUUUUAAAUUCUUUGGACCUGGACAGUGAUGGCGUCCCAGCCAAACUCUUCUGCGAAGAAAAAAGAGGAGAAGGGGAAGAACAUCCAGGUGGUGGUGAGAUGCAGGCCAUUUAAUUUGGCAGAGCGGAAAGCUAAUGCCCAUUCAGUAGUAGAAUGUGAUCAUGCACGAAAAGAAGUUAGUGUGCGAACUGGAGGACUGACUGACAAGAGCUCAAGGAAAACAUAUACUUUUGAUAUGGUUUUUGGAGCAUCUACUAAACAAAUUGAUGUUUACCGAAGUGUUGUUUGUCCAAUUCUGGAUGAAGUUAUUAUGGGCUAUAAUUGUACUGUCUUUGCAUACGGCCAAACUGGCACUGGGAAAACUUUUACAAUGGAAGGUGAAAGGUCACCCAAUGAAGCAUUCACCUGGGAGGAGGAUCCUUUGGCUGGUAUAAUUCCUCGUACCCUUCACCAAAUUUUUGAGAAACUAAGUGCUAAUGGCACUGAAUUUUCAGUCAAAGUAUCUCUGUUAGAAAUCUAUAAUGAAGAACUUUUUGAUCUUCUUAAUCCAUCUUCUGAUGUAUCUGAGAGACUGCAGAUGUUUGAUGAUCCCCGUAACAAGAGGGCAGUGAUAAUCAAAGGUUUAGAAGAAAUUACAGUACACAACAAAGAUGAAGUUUAUCACAUUUUGGAGAAGGGGGCAGCAAAAAGGACAACUGCAGCCACUUUGAUGAACGCAUAUUCCAGUCGUUCCCACUCAGUUUUCUCUGUUACAAUACAUAUGAAAGAAACAACAAUUGAUGGAGAAGAGCUUGUUAAAAUUGGGAAGCUGAACUUGGUUGAUCUUGCAGGAAGUGAAAACAUUGGUCGUUCUGGAGCUGUUGACAAGAGAGCUCGAGAAGCUGGAAAUAUCAAUCAAUCACUGUUGACUUUGGGGAGAGUCAUUACUGCCCUUGUAGAAAGAACCCCUCACGUUCCUUACCGAGAGUCUAAACUAACUAGGAUCCUCCAAGAUUCCCUUGGGGGACGAACAAAAACAUCUAUAAUUGCAACAAUUUCUCCUGCAUCUUUCAAUUUGGAGGAAACUUUGAGCACAUUGGAAUAUGCUCAUAGAGCAAAGAACAUAUUGAAUAAGCCUGAAGUUAAUCAGAAACUCACCAAAAAAGCUCUUAUUAAGGAGUAUACAGAAGAGAUAGAGCGUCUGAAACGAGAUCUUGCUGCAGCCCGGGAGAAAAAUGGAGUAUAUAUUUCUGAAGAAAAUUUUAAAGUCAUGAAUGGAAAAUUAACUGUUCAAGAAGAACAGAUUGUUGAAUUGGUUGAAAAAAUUGGUGCUCUUGAAGAGGAGCUAAGUAGGGUUACAGAGUUGUUUGUGGAUAAUAAAAAUGAACUUGACCAAUGUAAAUCUGAACUGCAAAAUAAGACACAGGAACUUGAAACCACUCAGAAACAUCUGCAAGAAACUAAAUUACAGCUUGUUAAAGAAGAAUAUGUCUCUUCUGCUUUGGAAAGUACUGAAGAGAAACUUCAUGAUGUUGCCAGCCAGUUGCUUAGCACAGUUGAAGAAACUACAAAAGAUGUAUGUGGUCUUCAUUCUAAACUGGAUCGUAAGAAAGCAAUCGACCAAUACAAUGCCGAAGCUCAGGAUAUUUUUGGUAAAAAUCUGAGUAGUCUAUUUAAUAAUAUGGAAGAAUUGAUUAAGGAUGGCAGCUCAAAGCAAAAAGACAUACUUGAAGUUCAUAAGACCUUGUUUGGUAAUCUGAUGUCUUCCAGUGUCUCUGCAUUAGACACCAUUACCAUAACUUCACUGGAAUCUCUCACAGCUGUCCCAGAAACUGUUUCAGCUCAUAUUGCUCACAUUUCCAAUAUGAUCUUAGAGGAGCAGUCAUUAGCAUCACAAAGUAAAACUGUACUGCAGAAACUGAUUAACGAACUUACAACUGAACUUAUAAGUUCAUUGGAAAGGAUUUUAUCCCCUUCUGUGAUGUCUAUAUGGAAAAUCAAUAGACAACUGCAGCACAUCUUUAAGACUUCGUGGACAGUAGCUGAAACGAUAGAAGAUCAGAAAAAAGAAAUAGAUGGCUUUCUCAGUGAGUUAUGUGACAAUCUACGUGAGCUACAAGAAAAUACUGUUUCCUCCUUGGUUGAAUCACAGAAACGUUGUGAAAACUUAAGUGAAGACUUGAAGACGAUGAAACAGACUCACUCACAGGAACUCUGCCAGUUAGUCAGUCUUUGGGAGGACAGAUUCUCUGCUUUGGAAAAAAAGUGUGAAAACAUUCAGAAACCACUUGGUGGUGUUCAACAAAAUACAGAGCAAAAAUCCAAGGACAUAAUCAACAAAACAACUUCCCACAGUAAAAAAUUGAUUGCUGAUUCUGAUGGCUUAUCACAAGAACUCAGACAUUUUAACCAAGAAGGUACAAAACUGGUUGAAGAGUCUUUGAAGCUCUGUGAUACUCUCAACAGUGACCUGAAAAUUGUAUCUCAACAGUCUGAACAGAGAUGUGAGUCUCUGAACAUGAACAUAGUUUCUUUUUCUGAACAGUGGAUAUCUUGCUUAAAUAAAAGAAAAGAAGAACUUGAGAGCUUACUGGAGGGUGUAAACCAGUGCUGUGAAGCUUCCAGGUCAGAGAUGACUGAACUGUUACAUGGACAUAAAGCAGCCUUUGCCAGCCAGCAUAAUUUGUUUCUUGAUCAGAUAACUGCUGAUGAAAAAAAAUUGAUGGCACAAAGUCUAGAACUUAAUGAAACGGUAAAAGUUGGUCUGACCAAGCUUAACUGCUUUCUGGAACAGGAUCUGAAACUGGAUAUCCCAACAGGUACCACACCAGAGAGGAAAAAUUAUUUAUAUCCAAUGACCCUAGUGAGAACUGAACCACGUGAACAACUCCUGGAUCAGUUGGAAAAGAAACAGCCUCACCUGUUAAAGAUGCUGAGCUCUUCAGAGAACCACGAAGGAACCAGUCAGGGCUUAGAGGCAGAAAUGGCAGUCCUGGAGCAAUGUACUAAAGAACCUUUAAGCGAAGAACCACCUGUACAUUCUGUCCAUACUAGUGUGGAUUACUCUUCAAGUGGUGGAGUUCCAUUUUUCCAGCAUAAAAAAACACAUGGAAAAGACAAAGAAAACAGAGGUGUUAACCCAGUGGAGAGGUCUAAACUGGAAGAAACUGCAGAGCACCCUGUUACAAAAAGCAGAUUACCACUGCGAGCCCAGAUAAACUUCACUUAACACGAGGGUUAGCAGUAUGAAGAGAAAUAAAAC